CAAUAAAUUACUUUUUAAGUGAUAUCGAUAUCUAAUCUCAAAAUGAGUCGCAUAAAGCAGCCUGCCCUUUGUCUAGCGAUCAGUUUUACGUCAAAGUUUGGCCAAACAUGCAAUCGAUAUUUGGAUUGUUUCUUUUGCUGGGCACAGCGCUCGCUGUCUCAACAGAUCGUUCAAGCAGGAUCAGCAAUGGAGAAACUGCCAGUGCUCUCGACUACCCAUCCGCCGUUGGAAUUCUUAUAUCCGGAACAUCUUCCCAUACAUUUUGUGGAGGUGUCCUAAUAUCGACUAGAUUCAUUUUGACGACUGCAAGUUGUGUUUCAGGGACAAAUACUCUAACUGUACUGGCCGGUGCCAGUGAUAUGACCAGGAUAGUGGAAAUCAUUCCAGUGUUGAACAUUCCUUCGCAUAUCAUCAUUCAUCCAAACUACAGUUCGUUCUUCAAUCGGGACGACUUGGCCAUCGUCCAGCUUUCGCGUCCCGUCGCUUUGGGAGACUACAUUGGCGUAGCACGACUGCCCCGACGGUACCACGUUCCGUUCACCUUCACGGGUUGGAACACGACCAUCGUCGGCUGGGGAAACACUGGAAAUCGGGACAACGAGCCCCUGCCGUUGCAGCAUCUUCAGUACGCCCAUGGCGAUGUGAUUACCAACUUUUCCUGUGGGCUAUCGCACAGUUUUGUUCGCGAUGGACACAUUUGCACCUCCACGGACAACGGGGGACCGUGCGAUGGAGAUGAAGGAGCACCAAUUUAUUCGGAUGUCGACGGAGAAAAACUAGUAAUUGCAGUUCACUCAUUCCACUAUUCAGGACUCAGAGGAUGCGAUCGGGGUCGAUCAGCAGUGAAUACUCGUCUCACGAUGUAUUUGGAUUGGAUUCAAGAUAAUAGUGAUGUUGUUAUUCUUCCAUAAUUCUUUCUUCAUCUUUAAAAUAGGUUUGGUGGCUUUUGUUCCGAAAUUACCGAAUUACCAAAUAAAAAUUGUUUGAUGGCUUCUGAACUCAAAAUACACGAUUUUAUUUCGAAAAUUGCAACGGUUUCUUUAAUCUACUAAAAAUCGUGAAACAAAAAAAAA